UGUUCUGCAUGCAAUAUGAAGGUGCAAGAAUCUCCAGGUGGGAAAUAUUUCAAAUGCCUUGAAUGCGACAUUGUCCUCUGUAAGGUGUGUUACGAGCAGGAGGUUCAGCUUGAGGAACACAGCCUAGCUCAUGAUAUGAGAAAAAUGCAUAUAUCCAGCGAAGGAACAACAACAAAACAAGAUGAUGAAGACGACGACGAAGUGGUUGAUGAUGAUGAUGAUGAUGAUGAUGAUGAUGACGACGACGACGACGACGACGAUGAUGGGGAUGAGGAUUCAGAUGACUGAUGUUUCUUAUUUGUUACAGAUAACCAGUUGAACUUCAAUAUCCUGAACACUGAUAUCUCAAAAACAAUUAAUAUGUCGAAAAGAUUUUUAAGUUCUAACCACUUAUUAAUAAUUUUGAGUACAAUUUAAACAUCGAUAUCUUGAAAAAAAUGAAGCUUUGCAGGAGUACGCUGUAAGAAAUAACAUUUCAGAAAAAGUAAAAAGUGUACGUCUUUGAAAUUUUAAACACAUAUUAAUACGACAAUUGGGGUGGAUUUUUUUUAGUAUAAAAUAAAUUAAUUGUACCAAUCAACAUUUGCAAUACUCCAAAUAUUAGGUAAAAUUUGGUGGAUUUUCUUAAUUUGAGAAUACCCUGUUAAAAACCAGACGGUAGGCUUUGAUGUAAUUUUACACCUAAGAUUUGAAAAAAAUGUGUUAUCAAUCACAUAAUUUAAUUUUAGAAAAAUUCCCAUUGCAGUAUUUUUCAGAUCUGCUUGAGAAGUGUUGAGAAUGACAAUUUCUUAUAUUCUUCCUUUAGUAAAUAUAUUUUUUUCUUUGUUUUUAAUAUAAAAUGAAAAAAAUAAAUCGUCA